UAUACCUAAAUUUCAACCUUCGUCGUUUCGGGUUUGUCCUUCAGCUGACAUUUCAUUUCUCCAUCUUGCGGGCGUGAGACGUGUGUCGUUUGAAUUAACUUUCAUCUUAUUCCGCUACAGCAAAUAUGUCCAAGAUUGGUAUCAAUGGUUUCGGCCGUAUUGGUCGCCUGGUCCUCCGUGCUGCCAUUGAGAAGGGUGCGCAAGUAGUCGCCAUCAAUGACCCCUUCAUUGGCCUUGACUAUAUGGUCUACCUGUUCAAGUAUGACUCAACACACGGCCGUUUCAAGGGCACCGUCGAAGCUGGUGAUGGUAACCUCAUUGUCAACGGUAACAAAAUUGCAGUAUUCUCAGAAAGGGAUCCUAAAUCCAUCCCUUGGGGCAAGGCUGGAGCUGAAUAUGUUGUAGAAUCAACUGGUGUAUUUACCACAACAGACAAGGCAUCUGCCCACUUGGAAGGUGGUGCCAAGAAAGUAAUCAUCUCAGCACCAAGUGCUGAUGCACCCAUGUUUGUUGUUGGUGUCAACCUAGAAACCUAUGACCCAUCUUACAAAGUCAUCUCCAACGCUUCCUGCACAACCAACUGCUUGGCUCCACUUGCUAAGGUCAUCCAUGACAACUUUGAGAUUAUUGAAGGUCUCAUGACUACUGUUCAUGCCACAACAGCAACCCAGAAGACAGUAGAUGGGCCCUCUGGCAAAUUGUGGCGUGAUGGCCGUGGUGCCCAACAGAACAUCAUUCCUGCUUCCACUGGGGCAGCCAAAGCUGUGGGUAAGGUCAUUCCUGCUUUGAAUGGAAAACUGACUGGUAUGGCAUUCCGUGUACCUGUUGCCAAUGUAUCUGUAGUGGACCUCACUGUUCGCCUGGGCAAGUCUGCAAGCUACGAUGCUAUCAAGCAGAAAGUUAAGGAAGCUGCAAAUGGUCCUCUUAAGGGUAUCCUUGGAUACACUGAAGACCAAGUUGUAUCAACUGACUUCAUCGGUGACACUCACUCUUCUAUCUUUGAUGCUGCUGCUGGUAUCUCGCUAAAUGACAACUUUGUCAAGCUUAUCAGCUGGUACGACAAUGAGUAUGGCUACUCUAGCCGUGUCAUUGACCUCAUCAAGUACAUCCAGACCAAGGAUUAAUUUAAGAACAAGAGAUAUAAUUGUAAUGUUGAGAUUACAGAUUCUUAUAUUUUAAGUUUAAGUGUAGAUGUGUAUUAUUAUUCUAAAUUAUAAUAUUAUGUUUAAUUAAAACUACUUUGAUAGUAGUGUU